AGACGCUAUGGUUGUUAAGGCGACUUGUCCCGCCUCCUGAGGACCUUUUUCAGCUUGGUUAUUGGCUGCUAGUACCAAGGAAUCCCGGCGUGGACAGCGCGAGGGAAAAGAUGGCGGCGAUGGCGGUCGGAGGUGCCGGUGGGAGCCGCGUGUCCAGCGGGAGGGACCUGAAUUGCGUCCCCGAAAUAGCUGACACACUGGGGGCUGUGGCCAAGCAGGGGUUUGAUUUCCUCUGCAUGCCUGUCUUCCACCCGCGUUUCAAGAGGGAGUUCACUCAGGAACCUGCUAAGAAUCGGCCUGGUCCCCAGACACGAUCAGACCUACUGCUGUCAGGAAGGGAUUGGAAUACUCUUAUUGUGGGGAAGCUUUCCCCAUGGAUUCAUCCAGACUCAAAAGUGGAGAAGAUUCGAAGGAACUCCGAGGCAGCCAUGUUACAGGAGCUGAAUUUUGGGGCCUAUCUGGGUCUUCCAGCUUUUCUGCUGCCACUUAAUCAGGAAGAUAACACAAAUCUAGCCAGAGUUUUGACCAACCACAUUCAUACUGGCCACCACUCCUCCAUGUUCUGGAUGCGGGUCCCUUUGGUGGCACCAGAGGACUUGAGAGAUGAUAUAAUUGAGAAUGUACCAACUGUACACACAGAAGAUUACAGUGGGGAAGAGAAGACAUGGAUGUGGUGGCACAACUUCCGGACUCUGUGUGACUAUAGCAAGAGAAUUGCAGUAGCUCUUGAAAUUGGGGCUGACCUCCCUUCUAAUCAUGUUAUUGAUCGUUGGCUUGGGGAGCCCAUUAAAGCAGCCAUUCUUCCCACCAGCAUUUUCUUGACCAACAAGAAAGGAUUUCCUGUUCUUUCUAAGAUGCAUCAGAGGCUGAUCUUCCGGCUCCUCAAGCUAGAAGUGCAGUUCAUCAUCACUGGUACCAACCACCAUUCGGAGAAGGAGUUCUGCUCCUAUCUCCAGUAUCUGGAAUACUUAAGCCAGAACCGCCCUCCACCCAAUGCCUAUGAACUCUUUGCCAAGGGCUAUGAAGACUAUCUGCAGUCCCCACUGCAGCCACUGAUGGACAAUCUAGAAUCUCAGACAUAUGAAGUGUUUGAAAAGGACCCCAUCAAAUACUCUCAGUACCAGCAGGCUAUCUAUAAAUGUCUGCUAGACCGGGUGGCAGAAGAAGAAAAGGACACCAAUGUUCAGGUACUGAUGGUGCUAGGAGCAGGCCGGGGACCCUUAGUAAAUGCUUCCCUUCGAGCAGCCAAGCAAGCUGACCGACGAAUAAAACUGUAUGCUGUGGAAAAAAAUCCAAAUGCUGUGGUGACGCUAGAGAACUGGCAGUUUGAAGAAUGGGGAAGCCAAGUGACAGUAGUUUCAUCAGACAUGCGGGAAUGGGUAGCUCCAGAAAAAGCAGACAUCAUUGUCAGUGAGCUUCUGGGCUCCUUUGCUGACAAUGAACUGUCACCUGAGUGCCUGGAUGGAGCACAGCACUUCCUGAAAGAUGAUGGUGUGAGCAUCCCUGGAGAGUACACCUCCUUCCUGGCUCCAAUCUCUUCUUCCAAGUUAUACAAUGAGGUCCGAGCUUGUCGGGAAAAGGACCGUGACCCUGAGGCCCAGUUUGAAAUGCCUUAUGUGGUACGUCUGCACAACUUCCACCAGCUGUCUGCACCCCAGCCUUGCUUUACCUUCAGCCAUCCCAACAGAGAUCCUGUGAUUGACAACAACCGCUACUGUACCUUGGAAUUUCCUGUGGAGGUGAACACAGUGCUGCAUGGCUUUGCAGGCUACUUUGAGACUGUGCUUUAUCAGGACAUCACUUUGAGUAUCCGUCCAGAGACUCACUCCCCUGGAAUGUUUUCAUGGUUUCCUAUCCUCUUCCCUAUUAAGCAGCCCAUUACUGUGCGGGAAGGCCAGACCAUCUGUGUGCGUUUCUGGCGAUGCAGCAAUUCCAAGAAGGUGUGGUAUGAGUGGGCAGUGACAGCACCAGUCUGUUCUGCUAUUCACAACCCCACAGGCCGCUCUUAUACCAUUGGCCUCUAGUACUUCCCACAGUGAAUAUCUAGAGCCUUGGAAGCAGCUUCAGGUUCUGGUCCUAUAGCACAGAAAGUGCCAUGUGUCUCUUGGUGCAGUACAUUUGUGAUUUCUUCACUCUUCAGAGAGGAACAUUUCAGUCUGAAUUCCUACCUUACAUCAAGGUAUUCAAGGGAUAAAAAUUAAUUGCAGGGUUCAGCCCACUAAUCUGUGAAGUCCUCAGGCCCAGAGGACAAGGACUUAGUGCUGGAUCUGAAUCUACAUCAUUGGGAGUUCAGCCUCAAGAGCUCUGUGGAAUAGCCCUCAGAACAUGUGAUUGAGCAAACUUUUGGCCUUUUCCUUCUCUGUGCUUGUUUUGAUGGAUUUGUGUAAGAAGGAAACAAAUAAAAUGAAGUUGUAGCCCUUUA